CGACCUGGGCCAACGCUCAGCCUCACGUGCAGGACAUAAACUAGGGAGAAAAUCAUCUACACUGGCCCAAAAGGUGGUGGAAGUCCUGAAUCAGGGAGAAGAAACUCAAGGAGAGCUGAACCAAGACACGGUUCUUCAGGUGUCAGAGACAGGAUAGUAUCAAAGAAGAUAUCUGGGUUUUUCAUCAUUUUCUGGAGGAUGUAGGGCUCCAAGGAUAAGAAAAAGGACUAAAAUAACACAGGUAACAGUCAAAACUAGGCAUCAUGUCCACAAAUGGCCAAGGCAGAGACCCUGAUAUUGAACUUUUUGUCAAGGCAGGCAGUGAUGGGGAAAGCAUUGGAAACUGUCCUUUCUCCCAACGGCUCUUCAUGAUCCUUUGGCUCAAAGGAGUCGUGUUCAACGUCACCACUGUCGACCUCAAGAGGAAGCCAGCAGAUCUACACAACCUAGCCCCAGGGACUCACCCUCCUUUCCUGACCUUCAAUGGAGAGGUCAAGACUGAUAUCAACAAAAUCGAAGAGUUUAUUGAGGAAAUGCUCUGUCCCCCAAAGUAUCCCAAACUGUCCGCCAAACACAAAGAGUCCAACACAGCUGGAAAUGAUAUCUUCGCCAAGUUCUCAGCUUUCAUCAAGAACACCAAAUCAGAGGCCAAUGCUGUCCUAGAGAAAGGUUUAACAAAGGCCCUGAAGAAGUUGGAUGACUACCUUAACAGCGCAUUGCCAGAAGAGAUUGAUGCAGACAGCAUGGAGGAAGAGAAAGGCUCCAACCGGUGCUUCCUGGAUGGGAAUGAGUUCACUCUUGCAGACUGCAAUCUGCUGCCUAAACUGCACAUAGUCAAAGUUGUUGCUAAGAAGUACCGCAACUACGAUAUCCCCGCAGACAUGACGGGUGUGUGGCGGUAUCUGAAAAACGCCUACACACAUGAUGAGUUCACCAACACCUGUGCUGCGGAUGAGGAGAUCGAGAUGGCCUACAAAGAUGUGGCGAGGAAACUGGCCUCGUCAACUCGUCAGCUGACCCGAGCUCAAACAAAAUAGAGUAGCAGCGCACACCACACACACAUAAAAAAAAAUCACCUAUAAACAUACACGUGACUCUUCUUUUGAUUCUUCUUCAGUGGCAUUUUCAGGAAAAUGAAGUUUUUCUCUGUUGUAGUGAAUGAGUUAGAUGUCACAGAUGCUUUACUGCUCCAGAUGUGAGACUUCAGAGGUUCAUUACAUAAUGUAUAUGGUAACGCAAUUACAGAAACAGACACUGUGAAACUAAAGUGGCACAAAAGAUAAAUCAAGUACAUUUAACUUAAUUCACAAUCUUGAGUCCAGAUUUAAAUUUUGCUGCUGUAAAAAUUCUGAGCUAACGCUUUUUGCUCACUCGUGAUUGUGUCUGUAUUUAUUUCUCAUAACACAAAGCUCUCUUUCAUGGAUACUCCUGCUGCCCACACGGACAAACAUUUUACUAGCUGCUAAUGUUAAGGUUGUUCACUUUAUUUAUUCCUAAGCCCACAGAGGUCUAGUCUGACUCCACUGUUUAUUAUAAAGUUCUGGUACUGGGGAGACACCUUGAUUCAUCUGUGACUGAUGUUCUAAACUGUUUGCAAUGGGCAGAUCCAUUUUGACUUUGAUUCCUUACUGUAGGCAUUGCUGUAGUUGUGUUCCCUCAAGCUUAUACUUAUCUUAGAUUUAUGGCAGCUUCUAAAAGCGUGAUAUUAAAAAUGUCAAUAUACUCAAUGAUAGUUCAAAAGAACAAAAAUGAGCUGAUCAAGGCAUCAAUAGCUUAGAACAAAGCUUGUUUCUGAAUUGUUUGCAUGCAUGAAUCAGUUUUAAAAGGUAAUUAAAUUUGAUAUAUGCAGCCUAUUUUUAAGAUAUGGAAAAGCCUCAACUACUGUAUGUGCCUUUAUUUUGAAGCACUGAAACGCCAUGCCAAUGUCACUUAUAGAAUUAUUCUGAAAAAUGUAUUACAGCCAGAGACAUUUGUUUUGCCUCUAGCUAUUAGUGCUCAUUCUAGGUAUUGAUUUUGUCUUGAGUUACAUGAUAUUAUGAAUGGAGAGCGUAUUUACUUAGCAGUCCCAAUCAAGCCUGAUUAGGUAGAGCCAUUAGUGCUGCGAUGAAAAGCGUCUUCCAGGCCAGGUCCACAAUGGCCAGGAGCCCUGCCCUCCAGCCCUUCAUCAGAGAGACAUUUCCUCUGUGCUGAGGAGUCUAUCAACCUCAACAGGCUCUGAAAGUUUAAGUUCAAAAGCUUCAUUGUCCACACAGAGGAUGGAAAUUGCCUUGGGGCUUAUCAUCUUUGGCCUGGUGUCAGGUUGCAACAAUAGCAAGGUUUCCUUGAAGAACCUUAAGGCUCUUGUGUGGUUUGGACAAACAUAUGAUAUGAAAUUGGAGCAUGAUGACUUGGCUUGC